GCUCGGGCCUUUCUCCCCCUGCAACCAAGAUGGUGCUUCCGCUCCAGACCUAGUGACCGUCUGGGUCCAGUGUGCCGUGCCCUGCUUCUUUGCUGGAAAGCGGUAUGGAGGCCAGAGACAAGCAGGUCCUGCGCUCCUUGCGGCUGGAACUUGGUUCAGAGGUGUUGGUGGAGGGACUCGUGGUUCAGUAUCUUUACCAGGAAGGAAUCUUGACCGAGAACCAUGUUCAGGAAAUCAAAUCCCAGACCACUGGCCUCCGGAAAACAAUGCUGCUGCUUGACAUUCUUCCUACUAGAGGACCAAAGGCAUUCGAAACGUUCCUAGACUCCCUACAGGAAUUUCCCUGGGUAAGAGAGAAACUGGAGAAGGCUCGCAAGGAAGCCCAGCAGGAGACUCCCACAGAUGGUAGGAUUUCUGAGAUUCCGCCACACAUUUUGAACCGCUCACCAUCUGACCAGCAGAUUAACCUACUGGCCAGGCGUCUGGGCCCAGAGUGGGAGCCCGUGGUGCUGGCUCUGGGUCUGUCACAGACGGACAUCUACCGCUGCAAGGCCAACCACCCUCACAACGUGCAGUCCCAGAUCGUGGCCGCCUUCGUCCGAUGGAAGCAGUGCUUUGGGCCAAAGGCAACUGUUGGGAGCCUGCACGACGGUCUCGUGGCUAUGGACGUGGACCCUUCGGUGCUGCAGCACAUGCUGGAGUGAAGCUGGCCCACCGCUGGUGCUCCCAGAGCCCUUCGGUCAAAUGUGCCCCUAAGCAAAAUCUCACCCCAAAUUCUGAUUUUCCUUCUCCUUUCCUGCCUUUUUCUCUCUCUCUCACUCCUCCGUCCCUCCCACUCUCUCAUGAUCCCCAGAUGGAAUGGUUUGUGUUAUCGUUCGUUCUCUCUCUCUCUCUCAUUUUCUCUCUUUUAUUUUCUCUCUCUCUCAUGUUCCCCGGAUGGAAUGGUAUUCAUAUCAUUUGACAGCAUCCGUCAGGCCAGACAUCUCAGAACUUCCCACCUAUUUAUAGACAUCGUCCAUUUUUUUACAUGUGGGAAACCCAAAUUAAUUCUUAGCUGUUUUACCAGAACUGAAAUUUCUCAGACAUAGGUGGCUCCCCAGAACCAAACUAAACUUUAUUUUUCUAAAGCAACAUGAAUGGUGUGAAUCACUUAGUCCCCUCAGCGGACCUCAGUUUUCCCCUUCUAAUUUUACACAUACUAAAGAGAGAAAAUAACAGGAGCUAUUAUUUUUUACAAAGGGAAUCUUUGGCUAUUUUCAUACUGGAGGAAUAGCCCAGUAUUAACUGUAAUUCAUUAAUCAGUGGUAUUUACUGGGUGUUUACUGGGUGCAUAAUACUAUACUAAGCCAUUAGAGAGAAUGCAGUAUAUUCAUUCAUUCAAUAGUAUUUAUUGACUACUUACUAUGUGCAGAGCUCUGUACUAAGCGCUUGGAAUG